CGAACAAGGUUUGUAGAACCCGGAUGGAUCUUACCAGUGAGCCACAUUUCCUCGUUUACUGAAUUCAUGCUCAAACCCCAUGAAAGCCCGGCAUAGAGGGAGUAGGUAGGCUUACAGAACGGAGGGGAGAAGAAAAAUGAUAGUGGCCCACUGGCCUCCAAUAUUUGCUGCUACUUUAUGCCCCAAAUUUAGUGGGCAUGUUAACAAACCGCUGAAAGGUCUCCGUUCCUUCAGAUUCAACUCCAGUUUCAGCUUCAAAGCUUCUUUCAGGUGUUAUUGCAUCAAAAAUGAAAACCCCAAUAAGAUUUCUUCUGAGGAGGGAUUCUCAGUCCUGGGAUCGGAUAUUCCAUGGGACAGUGGGAGCAUUUGGAGUACAAUGGCAUUCUACUUUUUCAGUUUGCACAUUCCAUUUAGCUUUGGAGGCUUGUCUGUGGUUGCUCAAAUAUUGCAUCAACCUGUUAUUGAUCCGCAGACAGAGGCAUUAUCAAUUCUCGCAUUACAAACUUUAGAGCUCACUGGGGCCCUUCUUCUUCUGAAUUUUACUGCUAAGCCAGGCUAUAGAUUUUCUGUCUUUAGAGGUGACCAGUUAUCAACAAGGAGGAAUUGGUUGUUGACUUCAGCAAUUGGUUUUGGGUUUCUUGUUUUGUUGGUUUUUCUUACAUCACUUGUUGCUGACAUAUUAAUUGGGCCCAAGGCUGUGAAUAACCCCAUACUAAAGGAGAUCCUUUUAAGCAGCAAUGUCUCUGAAAUCGCCUGCAUCCUGGUUUACUGCAUUGUCACUCCCCUGCUGGAGGAAACCGUUUACAGAGGGUUCCUGUUGACAUCUCUUGCCUCUACAAUGAAAUGGCAGCAAGCAGUUAUCAUAACCUCAGCCAUCUUCUCUGCAGCUCACUUCUCUGAUUUGAAUGUAUAAUGAUCAUCUUUGCUUGGAUUCCAUAACCCAGGUGAGGGUAGGCCAGAGGUACACAAUUAUUGAUGCUCUUUGAUGUCAUAUAUUGCUUUACAACACAUUCAUCUUGUCAUUCUCUCCCACAAUGCAUGCACCAUUUACAAUACCUCACAAAUUCAAAUUACCAUGUCCUCCUUUUUCCCCUUGUCUAUUGUGUUUAUAUCCUGUAAAUGUGAUAUUCUAAUUUCAAAUCAUCCAAUUUGAAUGACCCAAUUUUUAGAAGUAUGAAUGCAGAAAUAUAAUUGAACGCUUACACAUCAUAGUACAGCCUGUAAAAUUUUUGAAAUGCAUGUGCCUUCAAAAUGACACAAAUAUUCAAACAGGAGGAAUCAUCAAUCAAGUUCCAUAGAAUGAGGGAAGUGGGGUACCCCAUGAAGCUUCCAUAUGACAUGGGGCCAUGCCCAUUUUAAGGAGAGGCACCAUAAUGUUGAGUAGAAGAUGAAAAUCAUGAAAUAAGGUCCAUGUAAUCAUUCCCCUCUCCCCCAAGUCUCUUUCUGUGCCUUUUGUCUUCCUCCCUGGCGCCGAACCGAUCAUCUCAUUGUCUGUCACCCACCCACACACAAUAAUGCCCCUAAUUCUUCCAGAGAGGCCAAUAGCCCCACCCCCUUUUCUAAUACCACCCUUGAGACAAAGUAUCCUACUUGGAUCAACACCCACAUUUAGCUGUGUUCCAUGUACCAUUUCCCUUCUUUUUUUUCCUUUGAAAUUCAAACUUGAAAAGGUACUUCUCUAACCUUAUAUAGUAUUUUAUUAGACCGUUUGAUUGAAAUUGUGGCAUUGAGAGACUCGCAUAUGGUAUACUCCAGCUAGUGAGUCACUUUAUACAACACUUUAGUGAUCCCCACACAUGUGUUUCAAAGAAGAAUAAAGAAUUCUCAAGGAUUAUGAAAGCAUGCAUGAUUCAAGUUUAAGCUAUUUUGGCGCCUCUCUCUCUCUCUCUCUCC